AUGGCAUCACUACCUAAGCCAGUAUUGGGGGUGGGGGUGUUCCUGCUGAAGGGCAAUAAAGUGCUACUGGGUCGCCGCCGCACCGCCGUUGGGAGCAACACAUUCGCCCUUCCCGGCGGCCACCUCGAGUUCGGAGAAAGCUUUGAGCAAUGUGCAGCCAGAGAAAUUAAGGAGGAAACUGGGCUGGACAUCACAGAAAUUGAGUUUCUCACUGUCACCAACAAUGUCCUUUCAGAACCAAAGCCCAUUCAGUUGAUUGCCAUCCUCAUGCGUGCGGUGAUGGCAGAUCCUGAACAGACGCCCAUCAAUCUUGAGCCCGAGAAAUGUGAUGGUUGGGAUUGGUAUGACUGGGAUAAUCUUCCAAAGCCGUUAUUUUAUCCGUUAGAAACUUUUGUGCUACGUGGUUUGAAUCCUUUUCCAUCCCAUUAG